CGACGCAUCGAAGGAAAUCGAAAUCGAAAUCGGAAUCGGAACCGGAACUUAUUAUUACUCCAUCCCCGCCCUUCAGAGCUGGGGCCGCGAUCGGAGGCUGUCAGAGAUGGUGACAGGCACGAUUGUCAGGCAUUACCGUGAACUGUGUCGUUGAAAAUCAAUCCAUGUCCCGACGAAAUGUCGUUUCCCGGACGUCUGUCCUUCGGAGAACAAGACGGCGCAGACUUUUUCGUAGCGCCUACGAAAGAGGACGACGUCGGCGUCCGUCCUGACUGGAUGACCGGGUGCUCUGUCGGGUUGGGCUUCGGGCAGAGACAGACGUAGAGCAUUCAGACGCCACGGCCGGUCGAUUUUCGAAGGAGAAACUGGUGAUUCUGGAGGCCGUAAAGUGUGGCGCGCGGAUGAUGUGCUUUUUGCCGGCCGAGUCUGAGUGUCAAUCUUGGCAAUGCGAAUCCACCUUUAUCGACGAGAAUUGGGCUGGUAGACGAAUUGUGGCACUGUGUGCUCGAGGAAUCGGUCACCAAUUUGAUGACUUGAAUGUUACACAGUGAUGAAAUUCCUACCGACAAGUGCCACGAGUGAGUCUGCAGCACUGACUGGUUAGCAGGGUCAGUGGUUUGGCCAGUGCCGCAGCGAACAUGUUGCGGUGUUCCUGCUCGGCGGUGUAUGGUUUUGACAGGAAUUUCGCCGCCUCCAGUCUUAACAACAGGCCGCGUCGAGAGCGAGCCACCAUACUCAGAAGUGCUGGUGCAAUUAAUUUGGCUUCUGUGCAAAUCCUUUCUACACUGCCCUCGAACAUUGAAGACAAUGUACUAUUUCGGAAUCUGGUCACUGGAGCGGCUGCAACAAGCUGGACUGGCUGGUCUCAGAAAAGGUCCCAAUCUCGUCUGAGUUGUUGUAGUAGUGGCAUUCAACGCGAGCAAACGAAGCGCGAUGACGAGGUUCUAACAGAGUUGGCCGUAAGCGACGACGAGAAUGACCUGUCGAAGGAGAAAGAGAACGAGACACUGUCGAAGGACGAUGAUAAAGAGGCUUUAUUUGUGCAAUGGUUUCGAGGAGCCUGGCCUUACAUUCAAGGUUAUAGAUCAAGUACUUUUGUCCUGGUUAUUCCCGGAGAAGUAGUAGCCGAUCGCUCCAAAAUUGAUGGCAUCCUUCAGGAUAUCCUACUUCUUCAUGGUUUGGGAAUUAAGCUCGUCAUAAUUCCUGGAACGCAUGUACAGAUUGACGAACUUCUCACAGAAAGAGGUCACAAGCCAAAGUAUGCUGGGGCAUAUCGCAUCACAGAUGCCGAGUCUUUGGCAGCUUCAAUGGAAGCUGCCGGGAGGAUUCGCCUUGCGCUAGAAGCGAAGCUCUCUCGAGGCCCUUCAAUUCCAAUUCUUCGCCGACACGGAGAUACGGAUCGGUGGCAUGAAGUCUCUGUUGCAAGUGGAAACUUUCUCGCUGCGAAGAGGCGUGGGGUGGUUAAUGGGGUUGAUUUUGGAGCGACUGGGGAGGUAAAGCGAAUUGACACUUCGCGGAUUAAAGAGAGGCUGGACAGUAAUUGUAUUGUAAUGUUAACGAACCUUGGCUAUUCGGCUACUGGAGAAGUUUUGAAUUGCAACACAUACGAGGUAGCCACAGCGUGUGCCGUUGCUCUUCAAGCCGAUAAGAUGAUGUGUUUGCUGGAUGGUCCUUUGUUGGAUGACGACUGUCGACUUGUACGUUUCAUGACUCUCCACGAAGCUGAUAAGCUGAUAAGAGAACGAGCUAGCGAGAGCACAGCUGCCGCUGACUAUGUCAAAGCUGUUGCCGGUCAAGCUUAUAUGCAAAGUCUUGGUCUGCCUGGGCUAAAUGGUAAGAAUGGAACUGCAAGUGGGAUAGGAAUCAGAACAAGCUACGAUAUCGGCUCCAAUCCCCCUUCCAAGAACGGAAGUAGGGCGACGGGAGGUGGUUUCGCUAUCGGAGGUGAAGAGAGGAGGAGCAGGUUGCAUGGGUACCUGUCUGAGCUGACGGCAGCAGUGUACGUCUGCCGACAUGGGGUGAGGCGCGUUCAUAUACUGGAUAGUAAUGUUCAAGGAGCACUACUUCUUGAAUUAUACACUCGUGACGGAAUAGGGACUAUGGUUUCAAGUGAUUCAUACGAAGGCACACGCCCAGCAACGUACAAUGACAUAUAUGGCAUCAUGGAGCUUUUAAGACCAUUGGAGGAAAGUGGAGUUCUGGUAAACCGUCCUCGGAAACAGCUGGAAGAAGAAGUCGUAAACUAUACGGUCGUGGAAAGAGAUGGUUCGAUUAUUGCAUGCACGGCAUUGUUCCCUUUCAAGUCUGAAAGAUGUGGAGAAGUGGCAGCCUUCGCUGUGGCACCUGAAUGUCGAGGGCAUGGACAAGGAGAUUCAUUGUUAGAGUACAUCGAGAAGAAGGCUAUAGACAUGAACCUGAACCGGCUGUUUCUGUUGACUACACGCACUGCAGAUUGGUUUGUCCAUCGUGGGUUUUCUGAGUGCACAGUUGAGAGCUUACCUGAGGAACGAAGGAAGAAGAUAAAUUUUGCCAGAGGAGCAAAGUAUUAUAUAAAACAUUUAAGUGCUGAUAGUAAUAAUCUAGGUCGAAGGUAAAAGAAGAAACCUAGUUUUUUCAUUCGGAAUUUUUUACAUAGUGUUUAGGUUCAUUCAGUGUCAACCAGACUCUCUGCGCCCAGAUUGCAAUCAGCGAACCUUUGUCGGUUCUGCACUUUUCGGGAACAUUGUCAGUGAAAGUUAAAUGUUUGGAGGCAUGUGAAAAGAAUGCACACCAUGUGAGUUACAUAUUACAUAAGAUGAUUCAUGUGUAACAUAGAGAGGUGAAGUGUAUUGUAUUUGACCGUGCAAAGAAACUCAAUUUUUCUUAGAACAAGAGCGACCUGGGUUGCUGGAGAGUAGUUGAGGGAGAUUGCGGAUCUUUCAGAGUAAAAGGUGUAAGAUGAGACAGGCCGGACAGUUUUGAGUGACAUUCAUUGAGGCUUAAAGGUUAUACAUCUGAUUCAGCUUGAGCAAGUUGCAUACAAAAGUUUCAGUAAAGUUUCCAGAAUGAAUCCAGAGAAACAAGGCUCGCACCCAAAAUGAGCUCAAGAAGGCGAUUGAAAGUAUUCAAUAUAGAAGUGUUAUGCAAUUGAGUAUUAUGAACUUGGACAACUUAGUCUGAAAGGUCGGACAGUGUUAGCUCAAGUUGGACAUGGUUGCAUAGUCGUAUAGCUUUUAACUGAGUUAAUAAUGUCGAGUGUGUCAAGGGACUUAAAGCUCAAAUUUAGGGUGGGAUCUUCGCAGAGAGAAUCGUGAAUGUUUUUCAUUAUUCAGACUAUCCUGAUUCCGAUUGCCUGACAUAAUAGCAGUACUGACG